GGAGGUCUUGGGCACUGCCGUGGCAAUCGAGGACGCUGACGGGAUUGAGGUCGGAUUUUUGUGGGAAGAAAGCGAGAUCUGGAGCAGACCAAAACCUGCUUCGAGAAGUGAAAUCGCACUCUCACAAGUCUUGGGGUCUCGAACGACCUUACAUGAUCCAGAAGAAUGGUUUCUUCCUCAACAUAGCCAUGGUCAGAGUGCAGUGCCAGUAGACGAUGUCACGAAUAGAGAAC